AUGGAAUACGCAAAAGAGUUAGUAGAAACAGCAAACAAGCUGGUCGCAAAUGGAAAGGGCAUUUUGGCGGCGGAUGAGUCCGAUAAUACAAUAAAGAAGCGUUUUGACGCAAUAGGACUUGAAAAUACCGAAGAACAUCGAGCCAAAUACAGAUCCCUUUUGUUUAGUACUCCAGAUCUGAACAAAUACAUCUCAGGAGUUAUAUUGUUUGAGGAGACUAUGUAUCAAAAGGAUCCAAAUAGUGGUAAAUCGAUGUUGGAAUUGUUGAAUGAAAAUGGACUGUUGGUUGGAAUAAAGGUUGAUAAGGGUUUAUUCACGCUUCCCUUAUUAGGAGAGACGACUACAAAAGGUUUCGACGACCUAUAUGACCGAAGCGCCAAGUUCUACAAGAUGGGAGCCCGCUUUGCCAAGUGGAGGAACGUCUUGACUAUCGACAAGAGUAAAAACUUGCCUUCGCAGUUAGCUUUGCAAGAGAACGCUCAGAACUUGGCGAGAUACGCGUUGGUUUGUCAAUCAGCUGGAUUGGUGCCAAUUGUUGAGCCUGAAGUGCUAAUGGAUGGAAACCAUUCAGCAGAGGAGUGUGAGAAGGUAACGACUAAAGUGUUAGUUGAGGUCUUCAAGGCACUUAACGACUACAACGUACUCCUGGAAGGAAUGCUUCUGAAGGUUAAUAUGGUAGUACCAGGAGCACAAUAUAGUUCAACGGAUAGAGUUAGCAACGUGGCCGAGUUAACUGUUAGAUGCUUACUGAGGACAGUCCCAGCAGUUGUUCCUGGAGUAGUUUUCUUAUCCGGAGGACAAAGCGAGUUGGAAGCCACUAAGAAUUUGAACGACAUCAACGAGCGCCUCCUAACGCUAACAAAUUAUUCAAACUCUGAAACCGGAGAUAAGAAGAGCAGUAGGCUUUGGAAGUUAUCGUUUUCAUAUGGAAGGGCGCUUCAGAGCAGUUGUUUAAAGGUAUGGAGUGGGAAGGAUGAAAAUGUCAAAAAUGCCCAAAAGGUUCUCCAGCAAAUGACCAAAAAUAACUCACUGGCAGCCCAGGGUAAAUUAAGCAAGAAAGAUCUCGAGGACGUUGAAAAACUAACCAAAGAUAUGGUUAAAUCAACCUUGUACGAGAAGGAUUAUAAAUAUUAA